GAUUUGUUGUUUUUUUCUCUCUUUACGAUUUCCUUUUUUAUUUUUUAACGAAUUUCAUCAUGACUUUAAUGACGUUUUUUCUCCUUCCUCUCUUUCUCUUUGCUUUGAUAUCACCUGCAUUUGCAUUGUUUCCUAAAAAGUUAGCUUACGUCUCCCAAAAUGGUCCUUUCAGGAACGCUACCGUUGCCGAGGUUUUGAAUGGGUCGAAAGACCUGGCAGCGUCGUCAUGCUCAUGCCCUUCUCACGUUCUUUCUUCUGAUGUUCCUCUUUACUCGGCCAAAGAAACCGUCACCGCUUCUAGUUACUGGACCCUUGUCACAACUCAAGUUACCACUACUGCUUAUGUUCCUUUUACUUCACAACUUGCCUGUGUUCCAACUGGAGGUUUCCAGUCCUCUUCUGCUCUUACUAGUAGCUCAACCGGCAGCUCCUCUCCAGUCCCUUCUGUAGCUUCCGUGCCUUCCUCAGCCACCGCUGCUACCUCGAGUCAAAUUCCUCCUGCCAGUACUAGUGCCAGUGUUAGUCCUAGUCCUAGUCCUAACCCCAGUCCUAGCUCUAGCCCGAACGCCGGUCCCUCAUCUGUCCCUGCCUCAUCUGCAACAACUACCGGUACAAGUCCAGCUGGCGCUCCGUCUUCAAGUGUUAGUUCCACUAUAGUUUCUACCUCGCAAUCGAAACCCUCUACGAGCUUCAGUGGUUCUGCCUCUUCUUCCCCUGCUCCUGCCCCAUCUGAAAGCUCAGUUAAGUCAUCUUCCCCGGUUCCCACUCAGAGCAAAGCUACUGAUAGUUCUUCGACUUUCCCUCCCACCUCUGUUUUCUCUUUUCUAACUGAGCGUUUCUCUACCGUUUACACAACAACAUCCCUUUCAGGUGCUAGCUCGACUGUUAGAAUUAUAACUUCCGAUGUCGUUUCCUCUAAACCAAUCACUUCAACACCUUCUCCUUCAUCGACUGUUCCAACCACUCCCUUUGCGUCGCAUUCUCCUUCAUCAUCUUCCCUGUCUGGAAGCGGAGGUCUCCCUAACAACGGAAAGCAAGGACGUCCUUCUACGGUUACCGAACUUUCUACUAGUGGCUCCCAUGUCUACAGUACCACUGAACUUACCACCGUUUAUGAUACCGUCUAUACUACAAGCAUAGGUUCCAACACUCUUACUACUACGGUUACCUCUAAUUUGAGUGGUUCUGCCAGCCAAUCUGUCCCUCGUUCAUCAAUCCCUGUAACGUCUACAUCUCCUUUAUCUUCCACUGUCGUUCUUUCUUCUACCAUCAAUGGCAAUGGAAGUACUGGUACGAAAGUUAUUCCCAUUACAAGCACCGUAUACUCGGCAUCUACCUUAACUGAGAGUGUCAUUAACUCUACACCUGUGCAUCCCGGAGUAGAUACUUCAUCUCUAUCGCAGACCACCUCAGUCCCCUCAUCUUCAACUUCCGUUGAUAAAUCGAGCAGUAUUAUUACAAGCACUACUACCGGAUCUUCUUCAAGUCCAGGUUCGGUAAGUAGUUCUCCCAGCAUAACUGGCUUGACUGAAACUGAUACAGUAACCACCACUUCUGGUUUUGUAGGUUUCACCACUACUGUAACUACCGAAUCUGAUUCGAUAUCUACACCUUCUUGGGUUACCAAGACUGUCACCUCCGGUUCUCAAGGAUUCACUUCCACCAUUGCCACUCCCUCAGGCUCUUCACCUGGAACUGUUUUGAUUGACACUCCUAGCCCUACCCCUAACAACUCUGUUGCUGUUAACACUCCAAGUAAUACUCCUUCCUGGGUUACCAAGACCGUCACCUCCGGUUCUCAAGGAUUCACUUCCACCAUUGCCACUCCCUCAGGCUCUUCACCUGGAACUGUUUUGAUUGACACUCCUAGCCCUACCCCUAACAACACUGUUGCUGUUAACACUCCUAGUAAUACUCCUUCCUGGGUUACCAAGACUGUCACCUCCGGUUCUCAAGGAUUCACUUCGACCAUUGCUACUCCCUCAGGUUCUUCCGCUGGAACUGUGUUGAUUGACACUCCCAGCCCUAGUCCCUCUUGGGUUACCAAGACUGUCACCUCCGGUUCUCAAGGAUUCACUUCCACCAUUGCUACUCCCUCAGGUUCUUCCGCUGGAACUGUGUUGAUUGACACUCCCAGCCCUAGUCCCUCUUGGGUUACCAAGACUGUCACCUCCGGUUCUCAAGGAUUCACUUCGACUGUCCUCACUGCUGAGGGUACCAAGACUGGCACUGUUCUGGUAGACGUUCCUACACCUGCCUGGACCACUAAGACCAUUACUUCCGGUUCCCAAGGAUUCACUUCCACCGUUGUCACUCCUGAAGGCACCAAGACUGGUACUGUUAUAAUUGAUGUUCCUACGCCUGCCUGGGUAACUAGCACAAUCACUUCUGGUUCUCAAGGAUUCACUUCCACCGUUGCCACACCUGAAGGCACCAAGACUGGCACUGUUCUGGUAGACGUUCCUACACCUGCCUGGACCACUAAGACCAUUACUUCUGGUUCUCAAGGAUUCACUUCCACCGUUGCCACUCCUGAAGGCACCAAGACUGGUACUGUUGUAAUUGAUGUUCCUACGCCUGCCUGGGUAACUAGCACAAUCACUUCUGGUUCUCAAGGAUUCACUUCCACCGUUGUCACUCCUGAAGGCACCAAGACUGGUACUGUUUUAAUUGAUGUUCCUACGCCUGCCUGGGUAACUAGCACAAUCACUUCCGGUUCUCGAGGAUUCACUUCGACAGUCGUCACUGCUGAGGGUACCAAGACUGGUACUGUUCUAGUAGACGUUCCUACACCUUCCUGGGUAACUACUACGACAACUUCUGGCUCUCAAGGAUUUACUUCUACCAUCGCUACUCCCGAGGGAUCGAAGGCGGGUACUGUUUUAGUUGAUGUUCCUACACCUGCCUGGAUAACCACUACAAUAACUUCCGGUUAUCAAGGAUUUACUUCCACCAUCGCUACACCAGAAGGCUCUAAGACUGGUACAGUUCUUGUAGAUGUUCCAAAACAGACUACAACCACUACGACUACCACAUUUGAUGGAAUAAACGGUGGCUACACCAGUUCAUACAGCGGAGCUGCUACUGAGACAAUUUUGAUUGGUACCCCUUAUCACUCAGUUGUAGAUGUCGCUUAAAAUAUAGAAUUUAAUAAUCUUACAAUA